CCCCUUUCCACUCCGCAGAAACGAUUCUCCCUCGGCUCCGGUAACAAGUGCGCUCGCUCCAUCAAGACCCCCGCUUUUCCAUAGAGCGGGUAGAAAAGAAGAAAAAAAUAAAAAAAAAAUCUGCACAAAGUUCGCAAACUAGAGAAAAUUUGAAAUGAUCGUCUUUUUCAUCAUUUUGGCGGUAACGGGAUGCAAUUGGUUGAAAGGUGCUUUCGGAAAUCCUUUGUUACAGUUCGAUGAAUCCAUGCUUGAGGACGAGCUCAAUCUCAGAGAAAAUGUCCAACAGCUGCAAGUAGAUGAAACUGGACAGUGCAUAUUUGUGAAAUCCGAGGAAGGCCUGUACUCCUUUCGCUCAGAUGGCACAAGCGAAGAUCAAGUUUGUGGAUUAUACCUCAUAGCUAGGCCAGACCAAAAAGUGGAGCUGGAGUUUAAAUCUUUCGAUAUUUCCUGCACAAAAGGAGGGCUUUUAAGUGUUAUUGAUGGCUGGGAAUUAAAUGGCCAGUUUUUCCCGAGCCCUAUAGACCAUCCAAAACCAGAGGAGGAGCGCUACAGGGAAUUCUGUGGAAGGAACAAACCCAGAAAGUCCUUCCAUGCUUCUCAGAACGUCGGCCUCGUAGAAUUCAGAAUACCUACUAAAGGACAAGGAUUUACAGUUCAUGUUCGAUUCCGUGACAAUUUAAAACCUUGCAACGUUGUACUGCAAGAGCCUCAAGGCACAUACACCCUACGAAACUCGGGACGUCAAUCAAAUUGCAGUGUGUCCGUCAUCUUCCCUCUCAGCAUAAAUCUUCUUUCCGUUUCCAUUGGCGUGCAGCGGUCAGGCAGACAGAGGACUCGAGAAUUUGAAACUGGACUUUUCUCAAAGUGCGGGAAAAGCGGCCUUCGGGAUUGGAUGGAGAUCCGAGGGGGAGACGGUCUUGAUCCGCAAAUGAUGAGAGUGGCUACGGAUUUCUGUGGUGUUAGCAAGAUGCCAAGGUCUCGUCCAGUGAGCGUGGCGUGUGGAAAUACUGCUGUACGACUCGUUUCAAGUGGCCGGUAUGAUAAUUCUGUCACCUUCACUUUUGACAUCCCAGCCGAUUUCUCAGACCUGGAUCUCGUCUGCCCAAAUUUCUUUGGAGCAUUGGAGCUCUGAAAACACAAAUCUUCUUUUCAUCUUUCCAGACUUGAACUUCGUUACCUGUGCUUCCAGGUCUUGCACAGCCCCAGAAUUGUAUCAUCUAAAGAAGCUUCUAAUCGCUGAACUAUUUUUUCAGAGAACUAUUCAAUGCUAGAAAAUUUUUAUUUUCAAAUUAAAAAAGGAACACGUAUUUGAAAAACUAAAAGUGACGUUUUUUCAGUAUAUUCAGUUGUACAGUCAUAUUAUCAUUUUCCAAAUGACAUAAAUCAACAAUACUAGUUGCAUUUAAAGUUAAAAAAAUGUAUGCUUCUAUAAAUGUUUUGUGUGGUAUACCUCAUGUAUUUGUCUUUGUUAAUUUGAACUAAGUUUUUUAGAUAAACUAUAUGUAUUUAUUAUAGUACUUGCACAAUCUUUUUUAGGAUAUUUAUACCUUCUAUAUGGAGUUUGAAUGGAUUUUACAAUACAUACGAUUAGAGUUGUUUAUGAUAAUUUACCCUUUGUUGUAAUUUUGAUUGUUUGAUUUUCUUUCUCAA